AGGGUUAAAAAGGGACGUCAGCCUAUUUGGACUCCUUCGGCUGCUAAUAUCUCAAACCUCUCGAACCCGAAAAUCGCUGGUUGCGGCUUUUGAUCCAUUGUGAAGGUUUUCCUGGAAAUGGGGAAGGACUCAAAGGCAAAGGACUCAGGAGCAAAGGGUAAGGGAAAACAGGCAGCGGGUGGAGCUGAUGAGAGUGCAUCAAAGGGUAAAGGGAAAGGUGGGAAAGCAGCAGAUGGGCUUGGUACCUGCACAUAUGUCAAAGCAAGGCAUAUCUUGUGUGAGAAGCAAGGGAAGAUCAAUGAAGCAUACAAGAAGCUGCAGGACGGUUGGCUCAGCAAUGGAGAUAAGGUUCCACCUGCUGAAUUUGCAAAGUUAGCUCAAGAAUAUUCAGAAUGUCCAUCGGGAAAGAAGGGCGGAGAUCUUGGAUGGUUUCCACGAGGUAAGAUGGCUGGGCCAUUUCAGGAGGUUGCCUUUAACACACCUGUUGGAGUUACCAGUGCACCAUUCAAAUCAACACAUGGAUACCACAUCAUCUUAUCUGAAGGAAGAAAGAACUGAUUCCCUGCACUAGAAUUCAGAUGAAUCUGAGAUGCAAAAUAACGUGUAUGUGAUAUGUCUACAUUUGACUCAGUGGCUGGAUGUUACUUUCCUUUAAAGUAAAAUGUUCUCUAAGUCUGUAUUUUGCAGUGCAAGAAAGAUGAUGGUUUUCUCUCUGUAUAUUGGUUUAUGAUCCUAUAUCCUACUUUUCAA